UUGACCUUACGUAAGGCUGCUGAGAUUUUUGCAGUACCGUUCACGAGCUUACAGAGAAGAGUUACUUUAUCCAGGGGUAUUAUUAAGCGUCGAGGUGGACAGCUAGCUUUAGAUGAGAACGCAGAAAAGAAGUUAGCUGACCGGCUAUUGCACUUGGCAAGUCGUGGCUUCGGAAUUACACCCAAAGCGGUACGUAAGUACGCGUUUGAAUUUGCAGAACGUCAAAACAUAAAACACAAAUUUGACAGAAAUGCUGGAAUGGCAGGCCAGGACUGGUUUCAUCGCUUCAUGCAAAGAAAUAAAAAAUUAACUAUUCGGAAGCCGGAGGGUCUGUCAAGAGCAAGGUGUGAUGGUAUGAAGAAGGAAAAAGUAGCAGAAUUCUUUAAUACUUUGGAAACAGUAGUAGAUAACAACAAUUUAAGAGGAAAACCUGAAUGUGUAUACAAUGUUGAUGAAACGGGUAUGCCGCUUAGUAACCGCCCACCCAACAUUAUAGCCCAAAAAGGUGCUAAAGAUGUUGUCAGCAUGACUAGUGUUGAACGAGGUGAAAAUGUAACCGUUCUAGCCUGUAUGAAUGCAGCAGGACAGUACAUACCUCCAUUUGUUCUAUUCAAAGGUGUGCGUAAACGUGACGAUUUUCUCCUAGGUAUGCCACCUGGUACUGAAGUUGCCAUGACAGAAAACGGCUGGGUCACCGAAGAAGCUUUUAAGUUGUGGCUGCAACAUUUCAAUCGCUACCGGACCCCAGGAAAAGUAGUUCUAAUUUUGGAUGGGCAUGCGUCUCACACCAGCUACUCAGUGGUAGACUUGUGUGACUCUUUCGAAAUUGAACUUGUACUUCUUCCUCCACACACAUCACAUGCCCUGCAACCGCUCGAUGUAUCGUUUUUCAAACCGCUCAAAACCUAUUAUCACCAACAAGCUACAGCAUGGCAACAUUCACAUCCCAAUCAAGGAAUCACAAAAGUCGCUUUCGGAGCACUUUUCCAACGGGCUUGGAAUCAGGCUGCCACUGUUGGGAAUGCUACAAAAGGCUUCGAAAGACUGAAAUAUUUCCACUAA